CAGUUCCAAAAGGGCUUAAAGAGUUCGCGCACAUGCUUGUUCUUGAAAAAUGGCAGAGAAAUGUGCUCCAGAAUUUGCGUUACCCUCGCCGAAUUUUAAUAAACAGCAACAUAAUGGACCAAAUAAAACAUCGAUGCACUAUUUGACACCAUGUGGCAUGACUUUGCUGCCGCGCAACAAGCAACCGCCACCAAUGUAUGGAGCACGGGGCAGCACAGUGCCAGCAAAGUAUCUGAACGAAGGAACUCCAAAGCCACAGACCGCUACUGAAACGCCACCGGUUUACAAUUCGCCACCUCGUCCGGAGUCCUGCCACAAUUGUGACAUGGAAUUGGCCAACAGUCAGGACAUGAAACGACAUUUGCAACAACAUGAGAUUUGUCCCGCAGAGGAUUGUGAUUUCUCGGCCUUGUCGAGCAUACUAGAGCGUCAUAUAGAAAGUAAUCACAUAACGGGAUUAUAUCAAAAAGUGAAAAAAGUAUGGACACCCGAGGAUAUAGCCGCCUGGCGUGCGGAACGGCGUAAACGGUUUCCAACCACAGCCAAUGUGGAGCUGGCCAAGCGGGCCAAAGAGCAGCGUUUGAAACGCGGUGAACGCUUGGAGGCCUCAAAAUCUCGUUUUGGUAAAAUCGAAGAUCGUAAGCGUACAAGAACCCCAAGAACCACAACACCGCAGGCUCACGGAAAUAAGAGAAAACAUACACAAAAUGCUUUUAAAUCAAAGCAGCAGCAACAAAAGAAACCAAAAGUUGAAAAGGAUCAGCCUUCUGCAAGGAAGUUGCAGGAAGAGGAGAAAGACUUGCCCACACCAAUUGUGGAAAAAUUUCGCGGUACAUCCGGAAUGUUAGAUUAUAAGCAUGUUAAAGAUAAAAAAUCAGUGGGAAACAAUGCAUUAAGCAAUCUCGUGGGCAUGUAUGGCUCGGAUAGCGAUGAAGAUCAGGAGGAAGAUAAUGAUGAUGAUGGAAGUAACGGUGAAAUGGAUACCAAUAUCUUAACUCCAUUGAGUGAUGAAAGAGUCAAAGAAGUUAAAGAAGUUGUUGUAUUAGAAGUCAAGAAGCAAAACUCUUUUCCACCUGCGACAUUCUCAACUCCAUUGACAGAAGAAAAAGAAGUUUUAGAAGCUACGCAAAGAGCCAAUUUAGAAGCUAAAGAGGAAACUCCUCAGCCUCCAUCAGAUGAUGAUGAAGGACCGGAAGAAGUUCCUAUUGAACGUCUUGUAAUUGCCAAAUGUGACGAGAAUCAGCAUGUUAUAGAAAAAUCUCACUGUGAUCAGGACGCAAAACCUUCAACAAGUAAGCCUUUAGUUAAACAAUUUAUCCCAACACCAAACAAAACCAAGCGUCAUAGUGGCUUAAAUUAUAAACGAGCCAAACAACUAUAUAGACAUACAACAAUGCUGUCAAAAUUAUUAGAAUCAGAUAUUAGGCAUGAGCGUAAUAUUCUAUUGCAAUGUGUACGAUAUGUAUGUGAAAAUGACUUUUUUGGUAUUGGAAGUCAAAGCAGUAAUAAUAAUAAUAAUAAUGCUGUUGAUGUUGAUCCGAGCUGAUAGUAAAUGUGUUGUCUGAUCUAAUUUAGUAUAUUAAGAAAAUUUCACCAUCAAUAUCCAUAGUGCCAUCUCACUCAUUCUUAAUUUUUAAUUCUCAUUUGUCUAAAUAAGAAUUGUGUUAUAGACAUAUAGCUAAGUCAUAAAGUAGAGGAUUAAAAUUUGCUUUUUCUAAGGCCAAAAA